ACUGAUCUGACUCUCCGAUAUUCAGAUCAUCGUGUACACGACAAGUCACUACGGGUGGGCGUGGUGGGGGAGUCAAAUCCUAUUCCCGGUUCAACCCAAGCCUCAGCAAUCCCGCGGCCUGCAUGUAGCAGUUUUUGUCAUUGAGGCAUAUCUCUCCAAACACCCAUGCGUCAUGGGCGUGCAUUCGAUCCCUGAUGACGUGCAUGCGCUACCUGCUAGCCUUGCUGGCGUAAUCCAAACCGAUGCGCACCCUCCAAAGAAUCUGACCGUCACAUUCCACAUGUUUGUCCUAACACGGUGCACACAGUGUCAUGCAUCAGUAUUGAGCACAGGCGAUGUCUUCCUGGGACAGUCACCAAUGGAUCUGUCGAGUCGUGACCCACAAGACGAUCAAAGAAAAAGGAAAUGUCUUCGUGAACUGUCGAUUUUUACUGGCUGCAAAGCAAUCUAUUUCGAUAUUUGUUGGCAUUGUAUCCAUAUACUUUGCUUCAUGGCGAUUCAUCGCAAAUCCUGAGCAAUGACGCUAGGCGGUCGAGUUGUUCGAAUUAUGCUCAGGGAUGUACGUUAUGUCAGUAUGCAGAGAAGGUACCUCAGCUGUUCCCGUCAUUCUAUUCCUCGUCAUGGAAUAUGUUGGGAGCUCUGCUGACAGUCUUCAGCGAAUGGAACAUACGUAACAGAAUCUCAACACCCAGGCUGUUGGUGCUCGUCAAGGUUUCGACUAGCCAACCAAUG